ACAUACAAACAGAAAACAGGACUGGCGCGGUAGCUCAUGCCUGUAAUCCCAGCGCUUUGGAAGGCUGAGACGGCGGUAUCUCUUGAGCUCACAAGUUAAGAGACAAGCCUGGGCGUGGGCUAUAUAGCGAGAUCCAGGUCUCUACCAAAAACAAAACCACUCAGUUUUUAGUCAUCUACAACGUCCUGCCUGGAAGCACGCUAUUUUGGGUCUCUGAGCCUUUGCACUUGCUAUUCCUUCUGCGCUGGGGAGAGCUCAAACCCUGCCCGAAACUUCCAAAAAUGGUGCCUGGAUAAAUGAAGGCAUCAGAUUUGCGAUUGGACGGGUGUCUGUUGGAUGGCGCCACGGCUGGCACUUAUUGGGAGAUGCUCAUUGGACAGUCACGUGACGGGACUAAGUCUCCCGAGGGAGCAAGGCAGGUGCGAUCACGUGACCAGGCGGCGCUGCGGGGCAGCGGCCAUUUUGCGGGGCGGCCACGUGAGGGACGCACGUUCUUGGGGCUCUCACGUGACCCGGGGCGCGCUGCGGCCGCCCGCGCGGACCCGGCGAGAGGCGGCGGCGGGAGCGGCGGUGAUGGACGGGUCCGGGGAGCAGCCCAGAGGCGGGGGGCCCACCAGCUCUGAGCAGAUCAUGAAGACAGGGGCCCUUUUGCUUCAGGGUUUCAUCCAGGAUCGAGCAGGGCGAAUGGGGGGGGAGACACCCGAGCUGGCCCUGGACCCGGUGCCUCAGGAUGCGUCCACCAAGAGGCUGAGCGAGUGUCUCAAGCGCAUCGGGGACGAACUGGACAGUAACAUGGAGCUGCAGAGGAUGAUUGCCGCCGUGGACACAGACUCCCCCCGAGAGGUCUUUUUCCGAGUGGCAGCUGACAUGUUUUCUGACGGCAACUUCAACUGGGGCCGUGUUGUCGCCCUUUUCUACUUUGCCAGCAAACUGGUGCUUAAGGCCCUGUGUACCAAGGUGCCCGAACUGAUCAGAACCAUCAUGGGCUGGACACUGGACUUCCUCCGGGAGCGGCUGUUGGGCUGGAUCCAAGACCAGGGUGGUUGGGGGCUGCCCCUGGCUGAGUCGCUGAAGCGACUGAUGUCCCUGUCUCCAGGACGGCCUCCUCUCCUACUUUGGGACGCCCACGUGGCAGACCGUGACCAUCUUGGUGGCUGGAGUACUCACCGCCUCCCUCACCAUCUGGAAGAAGAUGGGCUGAGGCCCCCAGCUGCCUUGAACUGUGUUUUUCCUCCAUAAAUUAUGGCAUUUUUCUGGGAGGGGUGGGGAUUGGGGGACAUGGGCAUUUUUCUUACUUUUGUAAUUAUUGGGGGGGUGGGGAAGAGUGGUCUUGAGGGGGUAAUAAACCUCCUUCGGGACACA